GCCGUCUCCUCAGCGACGAUGGCGCUGAACGCGGGCACCGACCCGGAUUUGGGGGGGGGGGCGGCGGAGGAGGAGAGGAGGGAGCGGCAGGAGCGGAUCAGCCGUGCGCUGGGGCAGUACCUGCUGCGGGGGUACCGCAUGCUGGGGAGCUGCUGCCCCCAGUGCCAGACCAUCCUUCUGCAGGACCGGCAGCAGCAGCUCUACUGUGUCACCUGCCAGGAGCUGGAGCGCGCCCCCCAACCCCCUCCCUGCCACCCCGACGCCCCGCGCCCCAAACACUGCGAAGGGGCGGCAGCAGCGGCGGGGCACCCCCCCCCCCCACCGCCCCCAUCUCCUCCCCGCCCCCCAUCCCCGCCCCCCCCCACCCCCUACCACAUCCCGGCUGCGGUGGCGGCGGCGGAGGCGGCCGUUCUGGGGAAGCUCCGUUGGGCCGCUCAGGAAUUGCCCCCCCACCCCACGGCCGAGGGCAGCGCUCAGCUCUGCGUCCUCAUCCGCUCCUGUGCCGAAGCUCUGCGGGCGCUGAGGGGGCUCGGGGUGACCCCCCCCACCCCCACACCCCAAACCGGGACCCCCCCCCCGGCGCCGUAGCCAUAAAGGGUUCCGUCCCCCCGUCCCCCCCCUGACCCCAAGACUGACGCUGAUAGCCCA